GGGCAUUCGUUCUCAAUUCAACCAUUCGAUACCACUCCGACGGGCUCAGGCGCAACAUUUCUGACGCAAGAAAAGAGCCCUCUUUGAGCUUGAAUCGCACUGUAAAGUACGCUCUGAACUCGGCAGCCAUGUUCGCAUCGCCUCGUUCCAUUCACGCCAGCCUUUCUCCCCGACGAUGGAUCCAGACUCAGAGGGCAACUACUCCGCCGAAAAAGAAGACCCUGCUCGGGAGUCUUUCGAGCCCGACGAAGACGUGAAGGCGGAGGACGACGAUUUCGUUCCCGAGACUUGCAGCGAGUACCGCACUAGUGAUGAUGAAGGCAGCAACGUUGGCGACUCCGACGAGGUGCGCGGCGCGCUCUCCUCGGGCCACGAUGCUAGGCAACGUCCUUCUCUAAAGCGCCGAGCAGAGGACAACCCGGCAUUCCGCCCGUUUAAGCGCCAAAGGGGCACCAUCAACCUUGCGUAUCUCGAGCUGCUCAACAGAGAUAUUGACGAUGCGGCACAUCGAGCCUGUCUGGACGACGAGGUCGACCUUCCCGACACCCAGAUUGGCCUCACCAUCUGGUCGCCCCUGGAGAAACGCCAAUUCUUCGAGGCACUGUCGCGGUGUGGCAGGCACCACACUGCACAGAUUGCGGCUCACGUGGGCAGCAAGAGCGUCGUCGAGGUCCAGCACUACAUCAACUUCCUCCAAGACGCCCACCAGAGGAGGAGACUGUACGACCGCCGGGCGUUUCUCGCCACCGCCGAGUACCCUGCCGCCGUAGAGCUCAGCCAGCAGUGCUGCCACGCGCAGGAGGAGGCGGCAGACGCCGUAUCGCUGAAGCAAGAACAGCGAGAGUCGCAGCGCGAAGAGCAGAAAUGGGGUGCGGACUGGGACGUCACGCCGGACGUGGCCGUGCGACUGGACCGGGGCGACAGCCGGCCGCCGCCGUCCUUCUCGCAGCUCUUUCACACCUCGCGGUGGCUAAGGCUCUCGCAGCGCUUCUUCAUGAACUCGACCAUCCCCAACAGCAACUGGCACCAUAUUGACGACGUACCCCCCUCCAUGUGGGCGACGGCGUUUGACGACUUCCACUCCUUGGCCGUGUCCGUGACCAGGCGGCUGGUGCAAGCCACGCUCUUCAUCAGCAUGUCGAGGAUCAGGGCAAAGCGCGAACUCGUGCCCAAGACUAGAAGUUUUGUGCGGCGCAAAGACGCCGAGGCCGCGGUUGCCUCCCUCGCCAUGCCAGCGAAUGCGAGACAUCUAUGGAUGAAGAGCGCCCGCAGGCUGCGCUUGGACGUCUACGAGGAGCCACCACUCGACCGGGACGACGAGGGCGAGGAGAACCCCAUGUCGUAUGACGAGGUCGAGCGCGCGUUGGGCGACGGUAGACCGGAGGCGACGACCGGGCAGCCUGGCUACAAGCAAGAAUCCGGCUCUGAAGAGGAAGAGGAAGAGGAAGAGGAAGAGGCCGAGGACGAGGAUGAAGACGAAGAGAUGUCGUCCCAGAACGCCGAGGACUGGGACAUUGACCGCGAGGCAAAUGAGAUCCUGUGGUACUCGGCGGCCGACCUGCGCGACGUCGCGGGCACCAGGCAGGCGCUCAGGGUGCGCAUCGCGACGGAGCGGCGGCAGCAGGAGCAGGCGGACCGGUUCGACGAGCACGCCAGCGCCCGGGCCGAGAUGGACAUGUGGGAGGUGCUGCAGAGGAGGCCGCCCAUGGAGAUGCCCCGGGUGCAGGACCCCGGCCGGCUUGAGAGGUCCAACCUGGACGUGGAGAGCGUAUACCCCUUGAGGAGAGACUGGGCGGAACAGUUCAAGUAUCGCAGCGAGUGGGAGGCGCAGACGGAGUGAUACCCGUCGUCUAUGGGCUAUAACAGGGUCCUUGGUAGAUGAAUUUGGCUCACUAGGAUAAUAGCAAGUCUGUUGAUAAUUUUUUGCAUCCAAC